UCCAGCACAAGAGGAGAGAGCGUGAGAGAAAGAGAAGGAUGGCAAAAAACAGGAAAGUAUUUAUUGAUCUGGUAGAUAAGGCAAUUGCUACUGGUGACACAAUGAAGAGUGAAGAUCUGCUAUUUUCCUACAAGGGGAUCUUCUACCCAGCUACUGUUUGUAGUCCUGAGCAAUUCAAAGCUUUGGAGGCAUUUGAAGCAAGAAGUGAUGAUGUCAUCCUAGCAGGGUACCCUAAAUCUGGUACAAAUUGGGUAGGCCAAAUUAUAACUGACUUGGUAACAACAUGUGCAAAGACUAAUGAGGAUGAAACAAAUAGUGUGAAUGAUGAACUAGAUGAAUUUCCCUACCUGGAAGUUGGAGAUGCUGAGAAAUACCAGCGGAUGAAGAAAUUACCUUCUAGAAGAAUUAUAUUUACUCAUCUCAUGCCUCACAAUCUACCUGAGUCAAUCUUCAAGAAUAAAACUAAGGUCUUGCUGCUGCUUCGCAAUCCAAAAGAUGUAGCUACCUCUUAUUACCAUUUUUCCAAUGGCUUGUCUCCUCUUCCAUCCUAUGAGACCUGGGAUGAAUUCUUCACAGCUUUCAUGACAGGAAAAAUGCCCUGGGGCUUCUAUUUUGACUAUAUUUUUGAAUGGAACAGACAUAUUGAUGAUGAAAACAUUAUGACAAUAACCUACGAGGAGCUGAAAGAGAAUCGGGCUAUGGGUGUCAAAAAGAUAGCUGAAUUCUUUGGGCUGUCUCUGACUGAAGAGGAGCUUCAAGAUGUGGUAGAUAGGAGCAGCUUCCAGGCUAUGAAAGACAAUUCUGAGAAAACGCAUGGAGCAUUUGGCAAUGUUCUCUUCCGCAAAGUGGUUGAAGAUGGAUUGGUGAUGGGCUGGACAGAGGUGAGACAGCAGAGGAAGAAACCCUUAGUCAAUGGCUGACAGGAUUAUGAUGGUGGGCUAUGGACUAUGCCACCCAGAGGAUGGACCACAGUGACAGGAGAGCAGUCAGUGGCAAGAGGACAAGGACCUAUGAGCACAGAAGGAUGGAUGAUGGCUGGAAACAGAAUAUGGAUGGUUGUGAGGAUUGAAGUAACUGGUGAGGAAAGAAUUAAGAAGCCCUGGGCUUCUGUAACUAGAGAGGAUGUGCGUGUGCUGCUGCUCAGCGUAACAACAGUGAAUGCAUGUGACCUGAAAAGUUUUAUGACCAUGGUGAGUGACAGAGUAUGGGAUGUAAGUUUUAUUGGCAUGCUUGCCUUAUAAAGGUGUUGGGACAGAUAUCAUUUGGUAAAGGAAGACGUUGUAGUGCAGCAUUUUAAGGUCAUGAGGCUGGGAGGGAACUGGGAGCAAGUAGUAAUUAUACAUAUGUUUAGUGAUGUUGCACAUAAAGAAGAUAUCAGUGUGUGGUUGGAGAGCAUAUGCAUAAGGGUGGAGGGGACCUGGAAGCUGCUGGGCCAGACGGGAAUAUGAACAGAGUAGAGGCAGAUGAGAAUAUAUUUGGGAGAACAUGCAGCAAUGGCAGGAGGGAUAAUAUAUUUGCCCACAAUAAUGAAAGUUCGUCCCCAAAGAAAAUUCCUUUAUUACUUAGGACAACCAAAAAUGUAGUAAGUGUUGUGGGAAAGACCACCUGGCAGCAGCCAGAAGAGGGAUUGUUUUAAAUUGGGGGCUGGGACCAUGUGGCAGCAUGGUGUGAAACUCCGUUAAGAUGUAAUCUAGGCUAGUAGGAAGGACAUGGUUUUUAAGGACUUCCCAGAUUCUUAUACUAAUAGAAUGAAAGCAGCCAGGAAAGAGCAAGAGAAAGGAGAAGAGGAGAGGGAGGAGAGGAUAGAUACAGAAAGAGAUGAAGAUUGUGAAGGAAAGACCAUUAUAUUUUCUGGCUCCAACUCGAGCCUGCAGUUCAAUGCCCUCCACCGAGCUUUGAGGUGGCCAAAGGCAUAUUCAACAGCCAUCCUGCAUUUGCCAAGAUGGUAGUUGAAAGCCAUCUUCUGUGGGUGGGUAACGUGCCCUCCAUAAAGCUUCAUGAGCCAUGGAUUGAGGGGGUAAACAGCGUUGGCUAUUAUAAACAGGGAGAUGGCAACACCACGGAUCACUGUUGGGGACUCCAGGUACAUGGUGUCCUUUCCCCAACAAGCUAGACAGCAGAAAGUUUCUAAACACAUGCACAGCAUGAGCGCUGCUGGCCCAUCCUUUAUAAAUGCUAGUGAACAGGCCCCGGUGAUCCACCAUGGCUUGCAGGAUUACCGAGGCAAAUCCCUUCCUGUUCACGAAUGAGCAGCUUACCAGUGAGGGAGAUUGCACAUGGAUGUGUGUGUUGUCUAAAGCCCCCAUGUAGUUAGGGAACCCCAUGGCAUUGAAGCCAUCAAGAACUUCCUGGGGGAGACUCAAUUCCAUUUUGUCCUCCUCACCCAUUUUGUAUAGAUUCUCCAUUUUGGCCUCCUCACUCAUUCUGUCAUGAAUCUACAUGUCAUCCUCCUCACACAUUUUGUCUGGAAUCUCCACUUGGUCCUCCUCACUCAUCCUGUCUAGAUUCCAUGAAGCCAGGUUGUUUGCCAGUAUGCAAAAGGGCCGCUAUUCAGCACACAGCACCACCAAGGUUCAUGGGGUUUAGGCAGAGGGGGCUCUGAAUAGAAAUGGCAGCUGGAUACAAUCAAUUAGCAUUGAAAGUGACCUCUUAUCUGCAUGUCAAUGAUUACCUUACUCAGGUGUCUGUGCGCUGGGCAUUGGUGCAGCAGAGGCCAAUGGCCUUUUACUGUUGUGGGUGGGUGUGAGAAGGUGAUGUACUGCCUGUCCACUUAGAACUGAAAUAUGGUGUUUAGGACAUGCACCCUGGGGGUAAGAUAGUCUUUUACUGGAUCAAUGACUAGGCACAGCCGAGAAGCAUCUCCACAGAAAAGAGUGCUGCCCUGCAAUAACCUCAUUUUGCAAACAACCAUCUCCCCAGAAAAGAGACUGGCCCUGCAAUUCCACAGGUUUGAAGGAAGCAUCACCCUAGAAAACAGGCCUGCCUUGCAAGCACCCAAGUUUAGAAAGAAGCAUCUUCUCAUGAAAACAGGAGGUGCCCUGCAAGAAACCAAGGCUGAAAAAAAAUCUCCCCAUAAAACAGCCAUGCCCUGCAAUGAACCUGGUCUGAAAGAAGCAUCUCCGCAGAAAAGAACCCUGCCCUGUCCUAGCCAAGGUUUGAAACAGGGCUGUGUAAUGGACAGUGCUAUGUCUUAAUAGCUACCAUAACACCUCAAGACCUACGGCAGGCAUCGAGGCACCAGAACCAUCAAGUCAUCUCCCAACAAAUAUCUGUACUCAACUCCCACCUGGUUUUGGAAUGGCCCUUAAUUAACACCCAUGCUACAUUUGUACUGCUGCCUGAGCGUUGAAGCCUCCUGCACCCUGCUCUUCUCCCCUAACAUGCUGGAUCAAGUUCUGGCCCCCUCUCCCAUCUCCCAGAUAUUAAAUCAUUCAUUGAGAAAAAAUCUGGGGUUCUGGAAAUCAAGAAUACAGUGCCCUACGAUCCCCAGCACAGGGGAGCACUUGAUUAGGUGGCACAGCAAGGAUAGGGGAAGUUUUGCCUGUAGGAAGAGCUGCCAACCACAGACACUUGGGUGUGAUCAGCAGGGGGACUUUAGCAAUCUAUCCAUAUGGACAAGGGGGGCCAAAUUGGGCCAGGCAAAACCUAUCACCAUUGCUUUGUUUAUAAACGGUGCUUGAUCAGGUUGCCCUGACUGCCAAUUCUGAGACAGUUGACACCUUCACAGUUAUGAGUAUGUGGAAUUUUCAAAAAGUUUCAUUCAAGACAUGCCUAUAUAACAGCCCCUCAAAGUUUGCCAGCCACCUUUUUGUGACUCUGUUGUUGUCAGGAUACCUCAAUCUUGACAACUUUUGGGGCACUAACAGCUUCCUGAUGUCUCAGAAAAACAAGUCCAGUAUGCAGGCAACAGAGUAGGAGGUUGAUACAUCUAUCAACCAUGGCCCCAACUGGACCUGGGAAGAACUGAAGGACUUAAUCAACAUUUUUUUGGAGGAAAAGAUCAUUGAGGAUCUGGAAAGUAAAUGGAAUAAGCUUGUGUGUACCGCAAUAGCAAAAUAAAUUAAGGUAUGAGGGCAUAACUGGGACUGGACAGUACCAGAGCAAGAUCAAGGCCCUGAAAUGUGCAUAUCAUUGGGCCAAGGAUGAAAAGUUUCAUUCUGGGGCAGCAUGCAUAAUUCCUCCUUUCUACGACCAGCUGUC